UUUGUCUUUUGCCAAAAUCGAUCACACUCCAUUUCCAUUCCAUUCCAUUCUUCUUUACAGACAAUAGACACCACGAUGAUGAUGAUGAUGAAGUCGGUUAUUGCUAUUGUUACCGUGAUACCCUUCUUGUUGGUGGCAAGAACGGGGGCGUUCCAACCGCCUCUGUCAAAGAAUGGCCCCACUAGCAGAAAUCCACUGUCCAUGGCGGAAACCACGACGGGUACUACGCGAAAGACCAGGGCUCCCGUCUUUGACGAAGUCUGUGACACGACGGGGGUUACCUUGAAACGAUUCAUGUCCGAAGUGGCCAUGCUCAAUCCAGAGCUAGACGAAAUCAAAGUACUAUUUGGUGCCAUUGAAACGGCCUGCAAAGCCAUUACCAAUCUCGUCAAGAGAUCCCAACUCCCCAGUAGUGAAACUCUGGGAUUCCAAGGCAAUAUCAAUGUGCAAGGAGAGCAACAAAAGAAAUUGGAUGUCAUUACCAACAAUCUACUCAAACGGGCAUUACGAUUUACGGGAAGACUCGGGGUCUUGGCCAGUGAAGAAGAAGAUGCUCCGGUAUCCAUUCCGGGAGCGCCGUAUUCAGCGGGUGCCACAAAGGACGUCUUGAUUGAUGCUGGAACAAGAUACUGUGCCGUCUUUGAUCCUUUGGAUGGAUCUUCCAAUGUCGAUGCCGGAAUUCCAACAGGGACCAUCAUUGGAAUAUACGAGUUUGACGAAACCUGUGAAAUCGACUUUUCGUCCUUGGGAAGUGAAGAUUCCGAAGAUCAGGAAGCCUUGUGUCUAGCCAAUACCCUACAGCCCGGAAACAAUCUAGUCGCGGCCGCCUAUUGCCUGUAUUCGUCCUCCACAUUCCUGGUUUUGACAUUGGGGGCAGGAACCUUUGGAUUUACUCUCGACGAAAAUCUGGGAGAGUUUGUACUCAGUCAUCCAAACAUCAAAAUUCCAGAGGAAUCAGCAAUCUACUCGUUCAAUGAAGCGAAUUUCAACUACUGGGAUGAACCGCUCAAAGCCACCGUGCGAAACUGGAAAGCAGGCACAGGUGCCAGCGGUAAACAAUUCUCCAGUCGCUAUAUCGGAUCCAUGGUAGGAGAUGUCCAUCGAACACUCAUGUAUGGAGGAGUCUUUGGGUAUCCCGGCGACGAAAAGAAUCCCAAUGGCAAACUGAGACUGGUUUACGAAGGAGCCCCCAUGUCCUUUAUUGUGGAACAGGCAGGUGGAAUAUCCACUACUGGCACAGAACGGGUGAUGGAUCUCAUUCCAGAGUUGGUUCAUGAACGUACUCCUGUCUUUAUGGGUUCCAGAAACGAUGUUCAAGAAAUAAUUGAUGGCUAUGCGGCGUGGCAGCAAUAGCUACUAAAAAUAGCUGAUAUUAUAAUCAAGUUGCAAAUCUAG